CCAUAACACCAUCUCAUGGGCGAUGAUGAAUGAAACCCACUCACAUAAUCGACAUCAUCAAAGGAGAUUGAAGUUAUGAUAGAACCCCAUAGGAACUCAGCGCACACCCUCUGAGAUGAUAAACGACUAUAAGGAAAGAGAGACGUGUGCCCAUGCUCAUGCAUUUCCUGAACACACAAGGAGGAUCUGAUGGGACUGUGUGCAGGACAACAGAACUAACCCAACUUCAAGGAAAUGGGCGUUUCUGAAGUUGACCCCACAAAAUCCUCCAAUUUACUGGAGCUGAAAAGGGAGGAGAGUAGCAGCAGACCUGAAUAAACACUGAAAGAGUCAAUACAGAGUAUAUGUGCCUGUGCUGAAUUUGGAUCACAUUUGAAAUACACAGAUGAGAACGUUUCAGAUGUUGACAGGUGCUGUUUAUCACCAUGGCGUCCCUCCUGAUGUUUGUCACACUGCUUCAUCUCAUCACACUGGCGGUUCUCUUUAUCGCCACCAUGGAGAAGUCCUGGUGGGUUUGUGACGGCACAGAAAGUUCAGACCUAUGGUACAACUGCCGAUUUGACAAUGAAACAGAGGUGUGGUUUUGUGCAACGUCAAAAGAGACGGAGUGGCUUCAAGCUGUCCAGGUUCUGAUGGUCCUGUCGGUGGUUUUCUCCUCCAUUUCAUUCCUGAUAUUCCUGGGACAACUCUUCACCAUGUCUAAAGGAGGACUCUUUUACCUCACUGGUGUCUGCCAGGCAUUUGCCGGCCUCAACGUCUUCACUGCCGUGCUCAUUUACACUCUGCACAAUAAAGAAAUCGUUCGGGACUCGAGCUCAGGACACUUCGGCUACUGCUUUUUCUUGGCGUGGGUUUGUGUACCUUUGCUCCUGUGCAGUGGAAUCAUGUACAUCCAUCUGCGCAAAAGGGAAUAGCAACGAGUGUCCUAAAAAAAAAGACCAGCAAUGCGAAGAAUGUUUGCUGUUGACAUACUCCACUGAAUGAUUAUAUACUUCAUGAUAUCUCUAUGCAACAAAAAAAAGACUUAUUUUUUGCUUAUUUAGACCUUAUUUAGCUACACAUAAAUAUACAUGGCUGAAAUAUAGCCCGGACACAGCCCAUGUCGAAGAUCAGCACAACUUGGUUAACUCUUAAAGGGCGACCAUGACUAAUAUAUCUGAUUAGCUGAAUUAUAGCUAAUUUAAUAAUAAAAUGGGCCACGUAACUUAAUCUCAUUUAAUACUGAAGGGAUACUUGUAUACAUUAUAGCGGUAUCCAUAUGCUAAAAUGUUAAGAUGUAUUUUUAUAAAUAAAUUCAAUUAAGUCAUUAA